GCCACCGCCCGGCGCGCUACCGUCGUUGAUAGUUCGCUGGUUCCCUGCACAAGCACCUCCCGCGUGAGGUGGAUAUGGUUACUUCGUUGACCAUAAGCGGCAGGACAGGUGGGGACCACCCUCUCCCAUCAGCUCUGAAGAAAGUGGAAGAAGGCGUAACCGAGUGCAUGGUUCUGAAGGGGUAAGACACAACAAGACUAACUAGGGUAGCGAGAGAUUAAGAACGACACAGUAAGUAGAGAAGUAUGGCAGAAGUAGUAAUGGACGGAGGAGAGAGACAGGAGGCUACUGGCCGGUCUCCGCCACCAGCACCGCACGAGGAAAGAGAUUAUUGGGAGGAUGAGGAUCGUAUCCGGGAACUGCUGACACUCUGCUUCGACGACGGUAUAUACCCUACCGAAAUCGAUCCAGGGGAGAUGUCGAUUGAUGGAAGAGAAGUCCGGUUUAAGUUAAACACCUCAUUAGAUGACAUCAAGGUUAAAUGGUUAAAGGAACGGACGGUAACCAUAAUUUAUAAGGAUGCCGCCUGUUUCCUCCCAAAAAACAUAAAAGAUGAUCUGGUUAGGGCAUUUGAAGAUGGGUGGGUGAUGGGAAAUGAUCAGUUCGUGGAGAACAUGCGAAGGGGAAGAGUAAAGGUGGAGGGUCCCAGUAUAGUUUCGUACGUUGCCAAGUCUCCGGAAGUGGCGCGCUAUAUGAUCAACGAAGGAAGUCUGACAAUCCCCCUAGGGACAGAAGAAUACAAGGUUCUAUUCAAGCCCUGGAUGACGAGAGCUGAGUUCAGGGAGAUGCGUAAGCAGGAGGAUGAGAGCACAUUUUGGGUCAUGGCAGUCCAAAUACCAUUGGAUGAUAUGACAUUCAUCCACGCUCAGAUCGAGAAAGCAAUCGGGAGGAUAAUUUGUGCUCAUCCAGCUGACGCGGAUCCGCAACGACCGGCUCUGGUCAAUGCGAAGUUUGAUCUCAACCCAGAAGCUCGCCCGAAUAUGAAGGACAAGAUCUGGAUCAAGACAUCAACGGGAGAUGAGUUGGAGAUCCGACUUGCAUGCUCGGAUACUAUCAAGUGCAGGAAAUGUAGACAAUUCUUCCAUACAGAAGAAGAGUGCCGAAGAGGAGGGUGUAACAGACCCCAGGAGGGAGGUAAUGGCAACCAACGAGACUCAAGCCGCCAGCAACGAGCAGAAAACGCAAGACAACACGGGACGAGCCCGAGAUACCACGGACCGCUCGGCCCAAGACCGACCACACAAGGAGGACAGCCCGCGGCAAGGUUCGCUUCGGCAACUAGGGACAAUCCAACGUUCUCUCCCCAUGGGGAGGUCAGGCAAUCGACCCAGCCCCCUGGCUUUGGCCUAGAGGUAGGGCAGUUUGGGAUGCCACCCUUUGGCAAUAUGGGCCAAAAUAUGCCCUGGCAGGGUGCAGCAUUACCUCAAGAUCCAGAUGCACUCAGGAACUACUACUGCUGGGCUGCAAUGACGCUGGCAAAUAGGGGCUUCGUUGACCUGACGGGUACGUUACCAGCACAGGGUUUGGGACUGGCGGACACUCAAAACCAGCAGGAGGAGACACGGGGAGUGCCACGGGGCAACCAAGGAGGUAGCGGCCAAUUACCACAGCCAACACAAGGACCAGGAACAAUCCCACCAGGUGAUGCAAGAGGAAGAAGGCAGGAGACUUCAGGACAAGACGGACAGGUGAAUCGACCGGCGGGAGACCAUAUGCCAGGGUGGAGACCGACAGAGUCUACGGCGGAAACACCAACACGACCACUACGACCACUAGGAGGAGGCAACACCGAGGGAUAGCCUAGCAAUCUAAGGCCAGGUACAAGUGAAGGGGUAGGAAACCCAAGCCGCUCGAGGGGUACGUCGGCGGGGAAGCAGCGGAGACU